AUGUGGAUGAUGCAGCCUCUUUUAGUCUCGCAUGAGUCGCAUGUAAAUAGUUAGUAGUUUCAUUAGUAAGACCGCAUACAUUCACCAAGAUAUCUACAGCCAUACAAUUGACCACACUAAACUAAACUUGUUUCAACUUGAUAUCGACUUAAAACAGAUAAUGCGUACAGAACCUGACAAAACUGGAUACAACGUAUGUGGGUGUUGCGACAUUCACCAGGCUGUUUGGAGAACAUUGGAAUAGUAUAACGUUUAGUGGGGUUAAACCAUCUUGCUAUGAGUAACUUUGGUCGUAUGAAUUGACACUUAUGGGGUUUAAACUUUAAAGGGCUUGAAUAAUGUUUUGACAGUAAACGAAACUAAAUAGAUUUAUUAUCAGAGUGGUUCUUGAAGCUAUUCAUGUCUAGCACAGUUUAAUUUGAUAAAAUAUCUUGUCAUGCCAUGCACUUUGUUUACAGCCUAAUAAUUCCUCUAAAAUGUAGGCUACAGGCUUUCUACAAUGAAAAUACCGAACUAAGAACUCCGGUGGAAAUAAUCUCCGGGAAAAUGACUCUCUUUUUAUUAAUUACCAAAAUUCUAACAUUUAAGUCUCUGUAACGCAUUUCUUUAAUUUAAUCAGACUCCAUUUACCAAAUGCGAGUGAAAGGCAUUUCCAAAAUAGAACAGCCACAGCUGUACCAUGUCUGCGUUGCGGGGGUACAUGUGCAAACUUUGUACAGUUACUAUACAAACAACAUCUGAACUACGACACUUUGUCUAUCAAAUUAUAUCCUCUAGAAGCGAUGUUUGUGUUACUUCUGUUUGCAAAAAAACAAACAAACAUUUAAACGUGAUUAUGAAAAUAUGUUUACAAUUUCAUAACCCAUUUGAAGACAUGAAACUGGCCUCGUCCCCCGGAUGGCUGGAGAAGGUGGAACAGUCCGGCAGCAGGCAGCAGAAGCGAUGAGGGACUCCAGACCCAACGCAGUACACUGCAGCCAAGUAUGAAAGAACACAAUUUUGACAGUAGUUCAAUCAAACAGAUUUGAUUCAGCUGUUAACGAUGUGACCAACGGCCCGGGUGACACUGCUGUCGGCUGUUUCAAACACAUGACAAACAACUUGGGGGAUGUGAGGCACGCCAUGGCAUCUCAACCCAGCUUGUACAGUGAAGAAAGGAAACUCCUUCGCAUCCAAGCCUGGGAGCAGAGGAACCAGGAGAUCUGCCAGGAGCAGACGGGCCACGCUGAGAAUGUGCCGCUCUUUGGAAAACCCUACAAGACCAGCAAAUGGGAUGAGCUGUCUUGCCGUAUCCAAAAGAUGUUGGGUAGCUAUGAGGACGGGAAGGAUCCCGAUCUGAACUCUGGGAACUUUGUCAAGGACCUCUUGGGCAGCUCUUCUAACCAUGCGUCCAUUAUGGCGACGUUAAACCAACGGCAGCUGACGCCCGCCCACGCCUCCACCAAGCCUUCAUUCCACGGCGGCCCGCGCCCCGCGUCCACGAGCACACCCGCCGAGACGCUCGCCAGGACCCCGCACGGCGCCGAGGCAGCCGCUGGCGCCGCCCCCCGGCCCUCUCCGGGCUACCUCCAGGAGGUGGCCCGCGCCCGCCCCCGGUCCCCCGGGCAACGGGACGACGAGGAGGACCUCCUGGACAUGGAGUACGCCCGCCUCCCCGCGAUGCUGGCGACGCUGUCCCCGCUAGCGGAGAUGGAGUCCCCUCUACAUUCCAGCGACGGCGACCCCUUCGGUCGACCGCGGGACGCGGAUCGCCAGGGGGCCUUCGACCUCGGCGCCGAGUCCCCGCAGCGCUCCCUCGUCUCCCCCAUCAGGCCCAUGGAAACGCCGGAGCCCAAACCCCCCACCAAGGGCGGGCCGGCAGCCCCCCAGGCCUUCCCCCCUCCCCUGGCGUCCAAGGCGGCCGGCGUGGUGGUGACCAAGAAGCCCACUGCCUACGUGCGGCCCAUGGACGGGCAGGACCAGGUCAUCAUGGGGUCCCCCGAGCUGAAGCCCUCGCCGGAGCCCUACGAGCCCCUCUCUGACAAGAAGAACAACCACCACCACCACCACCCCCACCACCACCACAACAACAUCAACAACAACAACAACGCCGCCACCCUGUCAAAGAGCCUGCCCCGGACUCUAGAGCCGAGGCCUAAUGACGCCCAGUGUGUGGAAGACAUUCUGAGGGAGAUGACUCACUCCUGGCCUCCUCUCCUCACCACCAUCCAGACGCCCAGUGCCUCCCAAACCCCCAGGUCUCCCCCAGCAGCCAAGGUGGUCGAGCGUGUCCAAAUCAAACAUCCAGGUAAAGAACACUAUGAUUCCCCUCCAACAGAAUCUCCAGUUAGCAGCCAGCAGAGUUCUGCAUGCACGGUGGAAGCGGCCCAUUCCAGCGGCGUCGAGUCAGCCAGCUCCAGUGACUCCGAGAGCAGCUCGGCCUCCGAGUCCGAGAACGACUCGGCGAGGCGGCGGCCCCCCCAGCCCCCCCGCGGCAGCAGCCCCGCGGAGGUCAAGACCCCGGCGCCACACGGCGAUUGGCAGUUGGCGAACUGGAUCCGGUCGGGCCAGCAGAACACUGGAGGUGCCUCCCAGACCCCGCCCCACAAAGCACCGCCGCCCCCGCAGCCCUCCCAGCGCUCCUCAGGCCCCCGGGACGCAGCGACGGCGGCGGCGGCCAGCCAGCCCCCCAGGGACUACAAGCCUCAUGUUUCCUCUGACCAGGAGGGGUCGAGCCACAGCCAGGUCGCCAAGACCCCGCAGUGUCGCGUUCCCCUGAAGCACUCCGCCCCGGCCCGUGCCAAGGCCUCGGACGACGCCGCCGCCGCCACCGCCGGCGGCCGAGUGAAGCCCGCCUGCAAAAAGCACUCUGCCAAACCGGGCAGGACUCUGAGCCCCAAACCCCCCAAGGCCGCCCCCCAGGCGGAGACGACGCGGGCGGGGCCUGCCGAAGACAAGGGCUCCUCCCCCUGCCCCCCCCUGACCUUCACGUACAGGCCCAAGGUGAAGACGAAAACGAAGCGCAGCAGCGGGGGCGGCCCCAAGGCGGAGCGCGCCUCGCUCCCCAGGCAGGAGGACACGUCGACCUGCGUCCCCAACGCGCCGCUCUCCGCCCCGCCCUGUCACUGCGGGAGGUCCCCCGACCGCUGCGUCUGCCCCGCCGCCCCCAGCCCCGGGGGGCCCGACCGGGCGCUCGCCGCCCCGUCGGCGGAGUCGAGCGGCGGCUGCGCCGGCGUCAAGAAGGAGCCCGCCAAGAGACCCCAGGGCGCAAAGAAAGCUCCCAAGACUGUGAAGCCGGAGGCCGUCCAGCCGCCGCCCGGCAAGCCGGCCACGGCCGCCAGGAGCCUGGUGCCGUCCCUGCUGGUGAAGAUCGACCUGAGUCUGCUCUGUAGAGUGCCCUUCGUCUCGGCCGUAGCCCAGGAGACCACCACCACCACCACCACCACCUCCUCCUCCACAUCCUCCUCCUCCUCCAACAGCACCACCACCAUACCCACCAACUCCGCCACUAACAACAGCACCACCACCACGGGUACCUCCUCCACCUCGUCCUCCAGCAACAGCAGGGGUAAGGGGGCGUCGGAGACGGGGGGCAAAGGAGGUGACCCAUCCAAGUGGGGUCCGACGAAGAACAAAAGGGGACCGGCUGAAAGCGAUAAGAACCCACCGAAGAAGAGGCAGAAAAUGGAGAAGAAGGCCAAAGUAGUGGAGCAGCUACCAGGUCGAGCCACGGUCAAGUCUGAUUCUGUUAUCGUGGUGAAGGAGGAGAAACGGAAGACGGCCAAGAAGCGAGGCGGGCCCCAGAGCCAGCAGCAGCACUGUAGCGGGCCCAAAGACCACGGCACUGAUGCCCGACACGGCAAGGACGGCAACCCAAAGCACAAGAGCACCAAGAAACACAAGGAGCACGCCAAGACCGGGAAGAAGGGCCCUAAGAGCAUGCUGAGCGUCCAGGCGUCCGCUGAGCCCAGCAGGGGAGGCUCCAGCACCAGACCCAUGCUCCGCUUCGAGGACAGGCUUUAUCCAGUGAAACACUACAUUAAGGAGGCAAAGAAACUCAAGCACAAAGCGGACGCAGAGUCCGAUAAGGUCAGUAAAGCCUUUGGCUAUCUGGAGGCGGCCAUGUUCUUUGCCGAGAGCGGCGUCGCCAUGGAAACGGAGCUGGAGACCUCAAAGUCUCCGUACUCGAUGUACGAAGACACGGUGGAGCUCAUUAAAUUUACACUAAAACAGAAGAAUUCAGGGGACUCUUCCGCCCUCCCUUCAGAAAACGACUUCACAGUGUUAUGUUUGAAGUGCCAGUCCUUCCUGCAGAUGGCCAUGUUCCGAUGUAAACAAAAAGUCGCGUCAAAGUAUUCCAAGACCCUCAAGACCCACUUUAUGAACUGCAAGCCCUCCCUGGACGCUUCCCUCGGCAGUUCAAGAAGUGCGGACGCCGCGUCCCCCCGGUCCUUCGCGGCGUCCCCGGCCCUCGCAGCCCCCGGCAGCACCACCAGCUCCAGCAGUUCGGGCCCCGGCUCCAACCACAGCUGCGGGGGCGGGGAAGGUCCCGCCGCCGCCGCUGGCAGCGCCACCUCCAACACCGUGUCCAUCCCCAAGAUCAUCCACCACGUGGCCUUCUCCUACGUCAACAUCACGGCGCUGUUCGUCAGCGCCCAUGACCUCUGGGAGAAGGCGGAGGCGCUGACGCACAAGAGCAGUGGCGUGCUGUCGGAGCUCAACGCCCACAUGGAGCCCCUGAGCCUGUCCUCCAGUGUGAAGGCCAUGGUGCAGUACACGCGGCAGGCGCUCAACUGGCUGAGGCUGGACGCCCAGAGCCUCAAGUGAUUAAGAGCCACAACCGCAGCCCCAACAACUGACAUUGUCCAGCAGGACCCCCCCCCCCACACACACACACACACACACACACACGGAGACACACACAAACACACAGGUUGGUGUAAGCAGUGAGGAUCAAUCCCACCCACCCUGAAACCUGAUUAUCAGUGCCUGGGUUCUCAUCCCCUUGCGGAGGUCUUCCAGUGGAUUUUAUCUUUGGGGGCGAGGGGGGGUUUGGCACCCAUACAAAUAACUGGACGUGCACAGCAAUAAACCCCCCAGUGAAUAUCAUGCUGUAAUCCUAGCCUUCCCAUUCCCCCAGUCUUCACAUCUCUGCUGUUCUCACAUCCUUUAUGACAUUUCCUUUCACCAGCUGGUCUUUCCAAUGCACUUCAACGUAAACGUCCCCGUUUCCAGAUCUAGAUUGACUAGACUAGCCCUGAAUGGUUUCAAAUCCUUACCCUUCCAGCUGCUGACGGUAGCUACUGAGGAGGUAGUCAAUUAGAAUCAUGAUGAUAAUACUACUACUAAUAAUGAUAAUAAUGCAAAAUGGCUUGAUGCAAAUAGUCUUCAUGGCGGCUGGCUCUCUUCGUUUGAAGUGGCGACCCAGAGCUUCAUGGUAUUAUUCUUUUUCAUCAAGUAAUAUAUGGUUCUUGAAAUUAUUUUUAUAUAUUUUUUAUUUUGAUGAGGGAAACCGAAAAGGUGCGCCUGUGUCUCGUUGAGUCAUGAAGAACUAUGGGCUCCAUUCCUCAGCUGCAGCGACGCCCCACAUACAUUUAGAAUUGUGUUUUUAAAACAUUUCUUUUUUCCACCAUGUGAUACAGUGGAAUGCUUUAGUGAUGUUUGGUGUUAACUUAAAAAGGCCCUAACAGUUUAUGGCAAUCUAUAAUUAUUAUCUUUCUUAAUAUUUUCUUUUUAGAGAGAAAUUAAGAACUUCUAUUUUGUCCAAGGCUGUGUUUUUUUCAGUCGUUCAGAGAUUGAUUUGGUUUUGAAAUUAGUGUUCUGCAUUUAAUUUUUUCAAAGUCUGUUUCAUUUAGUACAGCUUUCAUCAAAAUGUGGCAUCAACGUGUGGUAAGAGCUGCUCACUGGGCUCUUAAUGAAUUGUCCGGACCAGUAGGUAGCUUCUGAGUUCUUCUUAAUCCCCCCCCCCCCAGUUACUUGGGACUCCACGUAACCAUGACUACAUGAAAGAACCAAAUAAAAUGUAAGGAAACUAGCUUCUAAAUAUAUGCUUCAGUUUCAAAAUUCUUGAGUCAUAGUGCAAAAAAAAAAAAAAAAAAGGGGGACAAACACUAACCUUGGAUAUCAGAUCAUAAGUAUUUAAAUCUGCAUUCGCACUCGCCAUCUGUUGGAUUGGAUUGGUUUCAAGAAGUGAACCGUAGUAUUGUCACACUGAAAAGGGCUGGGGUUCCACAGGAACAGAUGUUCCAGCUCAGAGAAACUGUGCCUUACCAGACAAACAGGAAGCGAUGCUGAAUAGGUGGUGGACCACAACGAGGCCCUGUCGUUCAGAGUUCUGUGCGCUCCACAGAACCCGGAUGACGUUCAUGUAUUGCUUUUGCACUUAGAUUGAUGUUAGCUGCAGCCCACUUUAUAUGCAAACAUGAAAAUGUUUUGUAGUGUACGUUUAUAGCUCUCCCUUUCGUUUUAAGAGCAUUUGUGGUUUCACUUUUUUUCUGAAACUGCAUUUAGACUUGUAUUAUUAUUCUGCACAUAAUCACUUAGUUUUAACCAAAGCUGUUUUCAUUUUUUGCACAUUUUUAACCUAAUUUCAAUAGUCUUUGUUCAUGGUUUACUGCUGACUUCCUGGAAUAACAGUCGCAAUUAAAUAUGACUUGCCUUUUUUUGCUAUUGGAGAAAAAGAACAUCACACCGACUUCUCAGGAGGCUUGGAGCAGUGCUUCCAUAGUUGUAGAGCUACGAUUAAUAAUGAAUAUUCCAAGCAUUGAAGCCGCCCCCCUUAAUCAUGACUACUCUUGGCACAUGUUGGAUCAACUCUGUCUUCAGCCAAUUAUUGAUUCGUGAUUAUUGAAAUAUCUAUAAAUAGAUGGAUUGGUCCAAAAACAUAGGAAAGCUGACUCAGUUAUGUUGAAUUGGGAAUUGAUAGAAACUGCUGGCAGCCAGGUAGCGCCUAUAGUAAGAUGAUGAAAGUAUUGCAACUGACAAAACAAACAAAUACACUAGGGACAUUGGCUUAAGGGUUUGUAUUUCUAUCAUGAAGACAUGAAUAACCAAGUCUCCCAUGGCCAACAUAAUCAUUUGUAUAAAAAAAUAAAUCCUUUCUUAUCAACGCUAUGAUUUGCAGGGGCAACAUGUUUUGACCUUGGAUGCUUUUGUUUUGUGAAUAAUGUUAAUGGGUUGCAAUGUACAGUGAUGAAUUAAAGAUUGCAAAACAAAGAAA